AUCUCGCCAUCGCCCCGGAUCGUGCUGGGCAGCCCUAGAUGCAUCCCAUUACGAGAACUGAGACUAUGCACCUAUCAAAGCUGUCCAUUGCUAACGCCCGGCGAUGGCAUCAUCCAUCCCGCACCGUAGAUCUGGCCUUGCAUCCCGCGUCGAUGCCACGGCUCCCACUCCAUCCCCCAAUAUCCCUCCGCAUCGUGCAUAUGUAAUCACCCGUCGGCAGGGUCUUUUCCGAAUUGGGCGUGGGGUUUUUUUUUCUCCCACUCAGUUCUCCCACUCAGUCUCGCUCUCCACACGCGCCGUUUGUGAAUUACCACAUCUGGAUCUUUUCUCAGCGUCAUUUUAACCUACCAGCAGGGGCUUGCGGCUUUGGACGGGAGGAAUUGAAAGUCCAAUUGGGUGGUAUCUGGGCUCAGAUCCGUGGGUCGGAAACGGAGAUAUUGGCCAGACGCUCAAAUAUGCUCGCGCGCAUCCCACGCUGCUCUGUCACUCUCAGGCGGCUCAUGAGCACAUCACACACCGCACCACCACAUCCAGCAGCUUCCGCUUCGGGCUCGCCAACCGCCAAUAUGGCCGAUCAGGGCGCAGCAGACAAGGCCCAAACCGCCGGCCACGCCGCAGCUAGUCAGCAGGAAAAGGUGCUCCCGCUGCCUUUGCCGCUGGAGAAUGGCAGCAGCAGUAGCAGCAGCGCAGACGACAGCGGCAAGGGCGAUGGCGUGACGACGCUACGCGUGGGAGAGUCACUCCGCCUGGACGCGAUGGGCCCGCUUGUCGUUAACAGAGAUGGGUCCAUGGCGAGAGUGGCAAACUGGACUGGCAUGACGGAGAACGAGCGCGAGGCCACGCUGCGGCUACUAGGGAAGCGGAACCAGCAGCGGCUUGAGGCCCUGAGGGCAAAGCGGGAUGCCGAGGAGCCAGCUGGCAACGGGAGUGUGGGGAAGGACUGAGGAUCGCCAUGGUCAAGGACGGUGCGACGAGGUUGAUGAAGCGCUGCGCUACACCAUCGAACCUGUAUCGUAAGGGACGUGAGGUGAAGAUGAAAGUAUUGGCCGAGUUGAGCAGCCUGUUGACGGCUCGGUUCGACAUAGAACUACUAAAUUGUACGAUAUAUCGUAUACCCAUUGAUAUCAUUGCAAACAACCAAAAAAAAAAA